CCAUUGUGCGUAUGUGCAGGUAUGCGGUAUAAAAGCAUCGUGGCGGGUUGUUUAUUCUGUUGUCAUCAGCUGUCUGUCCAGCAGUAUUGAAGCCUCGUGCAACAUGACCUCACAACCUUGGAUGCUUGCUUUAUGCUGUAUAUCAGUGGUCGCAGUUUUAGGGACUGGUGAAUUGGUCACAACAACAGAAAUGCAAAAAUUCACUUGCAGGACAUUUGGCAGUGGUGUGGUGCAACCGUUCAGCGGUUCAAGUUACUACCUGCGAUCCACCUGCAGAGUCACCCUCAGCCACUUCACGCACAACCGCGUGGAUUGUGAUAUCAGCACUCGGCGGGGAGACAACGGGCUCCUGGUACAAGUGGAGAUCACCAUCAAUAAAGUCCAAACAGUCUUGAUGAAUGGAAGCAUCCUGGUGGAGAAGAAAAGCGUCUCCCUUCCCUAUGACCACACCUACCAGCAUGUCUUCCAGUACGGCAUCUACACUAGGCUGAGGAGCAUGCUUCUUCCUCUGACUGUCACCUGGCAUGAUGUACCUGGAGGAAUAGACACACUUUGGGUGGAGAUGGAGCAGGAGAUGACCGCAGACAUGAGUGGACUAUGUGGGAAACACAACGUUGCCGGCAAUAAGCAGCAGCUGAUUACAGACGCCGUCCAUACUGAAGAAAAAUGUCAAACCAGAGAUACCAUUCAUGUUCAUAAUGCCAAAUGCAGAGAGUUGAUCUCCUACGUGUUGGAUUGCCUGAAAUCAGCCACCUCUCAAUAUAUUCAACUUUGCGAAGAGAACGUUUAUCUCUUUGAGGAAAGCUCGUAUGUCAGCUGUGCAUUCUUCAAAGAAGUCGUGCGCCAAUGUGGAAAUGAUAGCCAUGUUUGGAGCAGAUGGAGAGGUGUCACCCGGUGUGCUGAACCGAGUUGUCCAGGAGACCUCAGCUAUGUAGAAGAAGGUUCUGCAUUUGUUCCCAGCUGCUCAAACCCCAAAACCGCUGACCAAGAUCUCACCAACUCUUGUGUCUGCCCAGAUGAUCAGGUGUUAAAUGAUCAUGCAGGAGGCUUCCAGUGCAUCAACGUGUCCAGCUGCCCUUGUGUCUUUGCGGACCUGAUCUACUCCCCUGGGGACAUACGCAGCACCAAGUGUCAGUCAUGUGUGUGUGACGGUGGGAAGUGGCAUUGCUCUGACAACUACUGCCCAUCUCGAUGUCUCAUUGAAGGACCUUAUGUAACAACAUAUGAUGGAAAAGAAUAUGUGGUGCCCGGUAGAUGUAAAUAUGUGGCUUCACAGGGCCAAAACUGGUCGCUAACAAUCGAGUUCUCAGAAAAGGGAGCAUUUGUGAAAGCUGUUGCUCUCAAACUUUUCCAGGAGAAAUACACAUUCACACACAACAUGGUCCAUUUUGGAGAGGAGGAGAUUAGAGAGCUUCAUCAGUCUGAUCACGCCACCGUUUUCUGGCAAUCGUCCACAUACGUGCACGUGAGCACAUCCUUUGGUAUGGAGAUGCAAGUACAGAUGUCACCUGAGAUACAGCUCUACAUCAGCGCACCUGAAGACAGCACGGACACUAUAUUAGGUCUUUGUGGAAACAGUAACAGUGACACCAAAGAUGACUUUACAUCUAGUAGCGUGAUUAUAGAGAACUCUGCACAAAUGGUUGCACAAUCUUGGAGUGUGGGUCACUGCGAGCAGGUCAUGGACCGCUGCAUCAACACGGACAAUGAAAUAUUUGCUGAUGAGAAAUGCUCCGUGUUGAAUGACCCAAGUGGCGUAUUUGCCAAGUGCCAUGGUUACGUGGCAUCUGAUAGGUACCACAAGGCUUGCAUCCAGAGAACAUGCAACUGCGCUACCACAGUGACCAGCUUACAACAGUGUUUGUGCGUCGCCUUAGCCAGCUACGCCAAAGUAUGUGCAGAUUUGGGCAUGGCAGUCGGUGACUGGAGGCACACGACUAAUUGCAUUCAGACAUGUGAAACGAACCAGGAAUUCUCGUACGACACGCGGGCUUGCAACCGGACAUGCAGCUCCCUAUCGGCUCCUGACCCCCGCUGCGGGCAGGGUGACGGUCCCGUAGAUGGCUGUGGCUGCCCUGAAGGCACCCACCUCAAUGACAGACGCAGCUGCACCCCCAAGGCGGAGUGUACAUGUCACUCCCCAGACACUAUUAUACCACCUGGGCCUGCUGUCAUUGAUGGAAGACAGUGCAUUUGUGAGGAUGGAGCACUGAACUGUUCUAAGGAUUGUGGUUGCAGCAAUGGGAAAAUCUGUGUUCAUUGCUCAGAGCAACAAGUUAAAACCACUCAGAAAACAUGUGACAGCCUCAGUAAACCACUGGUGGGUCAACAGACCUGUGUGAGUGGUUGUUACUGCCCACACAAUCAGUAUGAAGAUCAUACUGGGAAAUGUGUGUCACUAGACAACUGUACCUGCAUGUAUAGUGGCCAAGUAUUCAGUGUGGGCCACACAGUCAAAACCAAUUGUAAAACAUGUACCUGCAACAGGGGCCAGUGGCAAUGCGUUGAUGAGCCAUGCACUGAGAAGUGUCAACUAUUUGGAAAUGGGCACAUUCAGACGUUUGACUCCAAGUGGUAUCGCUUUGACGGACACUGUCAAUACACUCUUGUUGAGGAUGAUUGUGGAACUGGAAACUGGACUUUCUCUGUCAGAGUGGAGCGUGUACCAUGUUGUGAUGAGGCGCUCACCUGCUCUCGCACAGUCACCCUGGAGCUAAAGGAUGAAGUCACGUUAACACUAAGUGACACAGGAGUGUCCAGAUACCUCUAUAAGGCCUCGUCUCUGCUGGAGAGUUCACUUUACACAACACACACCGUUGGACUCUAUGUGGUGAUCUUGGUGCCAAGCAGAGACAUGACUCUCAUCUGGGACAAACACACUCGCAUCACUGUAGAACUGGCUUCUACCUGGAGGAGUCGAGUAUGCGGCCUUUGCGGAAACCUUGACUCCAAUGAGAUGAAUGACCUUGAAACACAUAGCGCUGCAGGUAAAUCCCCCCUUGCCUUUGGGAACAGCUGGAAAACAGCCACACAUCCGUGUUCGGAUGUGACCACUGACGUAUUCCCGUGCGAACACAACUCCUACUGCUUGGCAUGGGCCCAGCGGCGCUGCAUGAUCCUGACUGGAGACACCUUCAGAGACUGCCACCUCAAAGUGGACCCAGAGCCGUACUAUCACAGCUGUGUGGAGGAGUCCUGCUCCUGUGAGUUUGAAGGGAAGUUCCUUGGCUUCUGCACGGCUGUAGCAGCCUACGCAGAAGCCUGCAGUGACAAAGACGUCUGCGUGAAAUGGAGAACGCCGGAUUUGUGUCCGGUUUACUGUGACUACUACAAUGAGCAGGACCAGUGUACCUGGCACUAUGAAGCCUGUGGACAAGCCCAAACCUGUGGCAAAGGCAACCAUUUCUCACUCAAGCUGGAAGGCUGCUAUCCCAGAUGUCCGGCAGACGCUCCAUAUUAUGAUGAAAAUAGAGGUGAAUGCACCCAACUGAGAAGCUGCACCUGCUAUUUUAAUAACACUGUUAUCCAGUCACAGAGUGUAGUGAUGAUACAAAAAAAUGAAUGCGUUUGUGUAAAUGGGACAAUCAAGUGUGAAACCUCAUGGACAGACCAGACAAGCCGGGACACCACAAACACAGAACCAACAGCGAUUCCAAACAGGACGACAACCAGUGUUCCGCCUACUACACUGCAACCAACAAACUCACAAAGCGCCACAACGCCAGUGGGUGAAUGCGUAGACCUGAGAAGAAACAAAAGGUGGAUUUUUGGUGAAACAUGGACCGAAGACUGCUUCCAUAAGAAAUGCACUGAUGGCAAGAUAGAGAUGACUCCGGUGGUUUGUCCAGAGACUGAAAUCCCCAUCUGUCCCAGAGGGAAAGCUGUGAAGAUCUCGGAUGGAUGCUGUGAGACAUGGACAUGCGACUGUGUCUGUGACAUCUACGGAGACCCCCACUACAUCUCCUUCACAGGCGUUCCCUUUGAUUUCCUGGACGAGUGCACCUACACCCUGGUGGAGGAGACGUGGCCGCGCCAUCACCUCACCGUCGCCGUGGACAACUUUGACUGUAACCUCCACGGCUCCUGUGCUAAAGGCAUCAUACUGCACUAUAACAACAACACAGCAAGGCUUACUGUCAUGCCAGGAGAGUCGGCAGUUCGGGCUACCUUGAACACUCUGACCAUAGAGCCGCCAUAUGAAGAGCAUGGGUUCAGGUUUGAGACCACAGAGUACGUGGUGUCAGUGUACCUUCCACAGGUACGCUCUUAUGUCUCCCUCACGCCAUACUACACAGUGGUGGUCAAUUUGGCGAUGGAGCACUUCCUGAUGAACACUCAGGGGCAAUGUGGAGUAUGCGGUGGGGAAUCAUGCAUCCGCACAGGGGGGCAGAUCGAAAACGAUGACUGCUGUGAUGAGACAGCCUAUGAUUGGGUGUAUACGGAUCCAAUAAAGCCAGCUUGUGCACCAAAAAAUAUCCCCUGUAACCCAUGGCCGACACCCAGUCCCACCACUCCCUGCCAGGAGAACUGGUUAUGUCAACUUCUGGAUCACCCAGUGUUUGACAGCUGCAGCCAGCUUGUUGAUCUGCAACUUCUAAAGAAGAACUGCGAGUUUGAUUCAUGCAGGCACACAGACUUUGCCUGUUCCUCUCUGGAGCAAGCUGCCAGGCAAUGCCAAGACGCUGGCAUCUGUAUUGAAUGGAGAAAGCUCACGAAUGGAUCGUGUGAAAUAAAGUGUCCAAAAGAAUUGGUGCACAGUGAGUGCCACAGCAAGCUGGAUGACUUCUGCUGUAUUUUGUACAAUGCAUUUUGCAUUCUUCUUCUGUUGUGCCUGUGCAGAGUACUUUAUCCAGGGUCCGCUCUCAAAAGCAACAGUGCAGGGUGCUUCUGUCCCGAGGGCCAGUUUAGAGCAGGAAAUCACUCGGAUAUCUGUGUGAUGGACUGUUUAUUUUGUAAAGGGCCACUGGGUGAGCCUAGGCUGCCCGGCGAAGAGUGGCAGUCUAACUGCUACCUGUGCACUUGUAACAAUCAAACUCGGACAGAGGAGUGCCACCCCAAACCCAUUACGAAAGCCAUCUGUGGCCCCAAUGAUGAAUUGGUGACCAGAUGUUGUGGUGAUCAGACCUGUGGCAAGCUCACUCAAAUUAUUCUUCUCUUAAUCCAUUUAGGAUGUUCUCCUUAACCCGUUUUAAUUCUUUUCCAGUUGAGAAGAAAUGCAGUCAUAAUGGCACCACAUACAAGGUGGGAGACAGAUGGGAAGAUGCUGUUGAUCCAUGUAUUUCAUUUAGUUGCACAACAGACGGUGUUCAAAGGGAGAAAAAAGUCUGUUCUGGUGAAAGUUGUCCUGAGGUGGACAAAAAAUGGGAUGAUCAACACUGCUGUUUUACAUGCAACCAGGAAUGCGCUCCAAGGAUGUCCAGUUUAAACAUCAGCAUGGAUAACUGCACUGCUACCAUGCAGAUUCCCAUUUGUCAGGGCCAAUGCGUGUCUCAGUCAAGGGUGGUGCUAGAUGGGGUCCUGCAAGUGGAGCAGAUCUGGAGAUACUGCCAGGAGCUGAGCUCAGAGUGGAGAUCAGUGACCCUGCAAUGUUUGGACCUGACUGGCAGACAUUUCACCUACAAGCAUAUCACCAGUUGUGGCUGCACAGCCUAAAAAAC